ACAGUAGCGUUCAUACUGUCCUUGACGAUCUAUCAUUCACACACGACUCUUCUUAUUGUUUACGUCUUUUAAAACAUAAUUUUUUGGUUUUAUUCGAUUCGCUUCAAAUUUGGGUUUAUGAGUUUUUUUUCGUCUUUUAUUUCUUCUCAUUGGUUUGUAAACGCAAAUUUAACGAAGUGAAAUAAUAUUAGAAAAUAAGAAAAACAGAUACAGAAUAAACGAGUUUUAGAGCAAAUAAGAAAAAAAAACAACAUGUCAACGCCAGAUAAUUCACCGAAUCGUUCUUUCAAUAAUUCGCAAUUACAAUUGCCAAGUCCCAUUAUUACCAGACGAACACGAACCGCAUCCACUUCGGCACGGGCAUUAGCCAAUCCUAUUGAAACGGGCCUCGUAAAAAGUUUCAGUCGUGGCAAAGGGCAUGGAUUCAUUACACCCCAUGGCGGUGGCGAAGAUUUAUUCGUACACAUUUCAGACAUUGAAGGUGAAUAUGUGCCAAUGCAAGGUGAUGAAGUGAGAUAUCGUUUGUGCAUCAUUCCGCCGAAAAAUGAGAAACACCAAGCCGUUCACUGUGAAAUUAUCAAUUUCUGUCCAAAAAAGCAUAAGCGAUGGGAAGAGCCAAAUGAUGCCGAAGACGGCCAUUUCGUCCAUUGAUUAUAGCAUAUGCUAAACGAAAAGAAAGAAGAAGCAAAACAAAAAAAACACCACCAUCGACGAAAUUAUAUUAUCGAAUAACUCAUUCUAUUCACGAUGUUCAUGAUAUUAUAUAAAAUGUACGAAUGAAUUUCGACAGCGAACAACAGCAACAUUUUUUCACAAAGUAAUCUAUAGACCACUACAUGGAAGAAUUUGCAAUGCACAAUAUUUAUUACGCUUUUCGAAUAGAUGAAACACAAAAAUUAUAUACAGAUUAGAAAGAUAACUUCGAAAAGAAUAUAAAACACCAAAAACACAACAAAUAUUUACUUCAAUCAAUUUAACAAAGUGCGUGCACAGGCUUCAAUCAGAAUUGAAAAAAUGCAUUUUCUAUCAGUCAAAUAACUCUCAAUAGGAUUGACUUAACCGCUGAUUGAUAUCAUAUAUUCAUAUAG